UGUUACAGAAAUGGCGCGGGUGCUGGGCCUCGCGGCGCGCCACGCGUGUUGUGUUGUUGUUGGUGUUGUUGUUCGUGGUUGGAGCGGGGCGUCGAUGUGGUGUGGUGUUGAAUUAUACCCUAGGUUCCAUGGAGAGUCCACCACCAUCACCCGGACUAGAACUAAAGGUGGAGCCGGACUCUGGACCGGAAUCAGUGUCAGAGCCGCAGCCAGAUGCCGCCCCAGAGUGUGACACAGACCCGGAGCCGGGGCCGGAGCGGCGCUGCGCCGUCUGCGGCUGCCCGCUGCCGGCCGGCGGUCCGCCGCCGCAGGAGCUGUUCGACCUGCGCCUGUCGGGCGGCCGGCCGGCGGCGUCCGCGGUGCUGCCGCUGCGCCGGCUCGAUGUCACCAGCCCGUGGCGGCUCUGCGCUCCCUGCACGGCGCUGCUCGAGAGCCGAGAGCGGCUGCGCGCCGCCGCGGCGAUCGGUGCCGCACGCGCUGAGCUGGAUGACUGGGUGGCGAGGGUGCUCUCCGGGGCCGGAGGUGCAGCCUCCGCCGACAGUGUGGAGCCGGCAGGACAGGGUGUGAGUGGGUGUGACAGAACAGGGGUCUCGGCGGGCUCCUCGAGUGCGCCGACGGUGGUAACAGACUCUGCAGAGGCAGCGAAUAGGACAGAGCACCCAGCUACCGCAGCUGACGAGUGUGACAGAACAGUGGCCGGUAAACAUGGUGCAGAUGCGUCCGAAACGGCGGAGAGCGGAACUCCGUGCGACAGACCGCGUGCUUCGCCUGACGGAACGGCGGGCAGGGCCGCCAGUGCUGGGGACUUGACCGACAGACCACAGGACAGUGCGGAUCCACUCGGCCCAGCAUCCGACUGCGGCAAUCCGUCUGCCAGUACUGGACAGUCGGUAGUGGGCGGCGCGGAACCCUGCGAUCAGACGGAUGGACCGGAGCAGGGCCCAUCCUUAGAGUCCGUCCGAGGAGCGUCUAUGGAGGAGGCCUCGCUGGAGCAGCAGCUGGCGGACGUGGAACGCCAGCUGAUGGACCGAGUCGCCUCAGCGCCCGGCCCCGCCGGCUCCGAUCAGGAUCUCGUGACUCUCAACUUCGUCGACACUGACCUGGAUGGGGACAUCUUGUCCACUGGUCGGAAAGGAAGUUCUGUUCUGUGUAACCUGUGUGGCGAGAAGUUCUCUGGUGCGGAGGAGCUGCGACCACACUUGGAGAGCCACAAAGAAGGCCGACAGAAGUGUCCUGUGUGUCACAUCUGGAUCCGAAAGACAGCCUUCCCAGAUCACUUAGCACUUCACUCCGAUGACAGGCCGUUCAAGUGUGACAUGUGCUCGUUUUCUUCUAAAAUUCAACGAAAACUCCGAGUUCACCGACAGAGCCAUUCCAAAAGACGAGAGAAGCACGCGUGUCCGCUGUGCCCCAAACAGCUGAUCAGCAAGCAUGGUCUCAAGCUGCACCUCCUCCGACAUUCAGGAAGUGGCGCUAAACACCAGUGUCCUCACUGUCCCAAAAGGUUUCUGUAUCCAUCAUUCUUGAAGUCUCACAUCUCAGUUUCUCACGAGGGGAAGAAGCCCAAGAAGCGGUUCUUCUGUGACAUUUGUCAACAGGGAUUUGUUGGCAAGGCUCUCCUUGAGCUGCAUAUCUCGCGGCAUAGCAACGAGCGCAAGUUUAAAUGCAAACUCUGCGAUAAGGCAUUCAAGUGCAAGUAUUCUUUGGCAUCCCAUGAGAAACAUGUUCAUAGCAAAGAGCCGAAGAAGUUUGAAUGUGAAAUCUGUGGACAUGGGUUCUCUGCUCCAGGCGCUUUAAAUGACCACAAGGAGAUACAUAAACCUGAUUCUGAAAGAAUCCGGUAUCAGUGUGAAAUCUGUAACAAGCUGCUAUCUAGUCAGCACGCCCUAUCCACACACAAGAAGCGACAUGGAAAAGAAAAGUCCUACAAGUGCAACGAAUGCAGUAAAACAUUUUACACAGGUGGUGAACUUCGCAAGCACAUGGUUGUGCAUUCGGAGGUUCAUCCAUUCAAGUGUGCGUUAUGUGAGAAGUCUUUCAAAUCUGUUUUGUGUUUGAAUGUCCAUAUGAGGCGCCAUGGCACUGAAAAGGGCUUCAAGUGCUCAAAGUGCCCUGCAGCAUUUAAAACCAGUAGCGACCUGGCUGGUCAUAUGAUGUUUCACAACACUGAGAAGAGGUUUGCAUGCGAGCAGUGUGAUGCCAAGUUUGUGACUUCCAAACUUUUGAAACAGCACACAUUGACACACUCCGAUGUUCGUGAUUUCGCCUGCCAGUUCUGUUCAUUUAAAGCAAAAACAAAAUAUAUUUUAAAGGGCCACGAAAGAACGCAUUUAGCUAGAGAGCAUAGAGCUGUUUUCUCUUGCACUCUUUGUGAAAAUACUUUUCUUCAAAAGGUCACUCUAGAGAAGCAUGUGAAGGAAACGCACUCGUCAAAUGAAACCCCAAAGCUCAGGUUAGAGUGUGGAAAGUGUCACAAAAUUUUUCAUCGGAAAGGUUCAUUCGCAUGUCAUCAGCGGAGAUGUGGUGCAGAGCGAAAGUUUGCCAGUUCUGCUCAUUCAAAGCAAAAACAAAGUUUAUCUUGAAAAGCCAUGAAAAAACGCAUUUGGCUAGAGAGCACAGAGCUAUUUUCUCCUGCACUCGUUGUGAAAAUACUUUUCUUCAAAAGGGCACUCUAGAGAAGCAUGUGAAGGAAACUCACUCGUCAAAUGAAACCCCAAAACUCAGGUUAGAGUGUGAAAAGUGCCACAAAGUUUUUCAUCUGAAAGGGUCAUUUGCAUGUCAUCAACGAAGAUGUGGUGCAGAGCGAAAGUUUGCCUGUAAAGAAUGUAAAGCGACCUUCAUUUCUAAGGAUCAUUUAAAUCGCCACAUUGCCACUCACUCGAACUCGAGACAGUUCGCAUGCCAGCACUGUUCGGCUUCUUACAAGGCCAGGGACAGCCUCGUCGUGCACAUCAGGAGCCGUCACUAAACAGUGCGGAGUGACUCGACAGCUGGACGACGAUGGGCGGUACUCGAGCUCACUCUGAAUCGCUGAUUGUCCGAGGGAGAGCAGAUAUGGUUGUAUAGUGGUGACGCCAGUCUUCAAAUGUCAUUGGUUGUAUAGUGCAAGCGUGUUUGUGUAUGCCAUGUAUCAUGCUAUUUCCUGGACUCACGUAUUGUCGAUCAACAUGUGAGUGCGUACGUGUGGUGCUGUGCUCUCCCGAGCUCUGAUGGCGGUGGUGAGCUGGCGGCUGUUGUAGGCCAGCUGAUAAUGUAAAUAGAGUUACAGCUCCGUGUUGAAUCUAGCGACCCCUGCUGCUGAUUGUGUGUGCUCCGUAACGUGUCAGGUGGAGGGCACCGAUCGCGACUACAUAGUGUUAGAACUGGACUGACCUAUCAGAGCUUUCAGUGAACACGGGAGACGAUUGUCAGGCGACCUUUCAGUGUCCAUGACACUACAGUGUUAUCUUGUUCAGUAUCAGUGUCAGUGAAAUUAUGAUCUUUUUUAUGUUGUGCAAGUGUUUUGUUCGAUGAAUAAAUACCUCAUUUUCA